GACACUCGGCUUAACCGAGGGGAGGACGAACUGCCAAACAAAUCGACUAUAACCUCUAACCAACAGAAAAAUGGUUAUAUACGGUGUUUAUAUUGUCUCUAAGUCCGGUGGAUUAAUAUUCAAUCACGAUCACAAUGUCCCAAAGAUCGAGCAUGAGAGGGUUUUUAAUUAUCCUUUGGACAUUAAGUUAAUUUGUGAGAAUAAAAAAGUUGUUGUUGCUUUUGGACAACGAGACGGAAUCAAUGUUGGACACGUCCUGAUGUCAGUAAACGGUGCCCCCCUGACAGGCAAUCUCCUAGAAAAUGGUCGUGACGUUCUGGAGGUCCUGGAUGAUCCCCAGAAUUUCCCAAUCACCCUGAAAUUCAGUCGAGCAAAGAUGACGACAAAUGAAAAGAUCUUUCUCGCCUCAAUGUUCUACCCCCUUUUCGCAAUAGCCAGCCAGUUGAGCCCAGAGCCCAGAUGCUCUGGAAUCGAGGUCCUUGAGGCUGACACAUUCCGUCUCUACUGCUACCAGACUCUCACUGGAGUCAAAUUCAUGGUCGUCGCAGAGCCCUCCCAACUAGGCAUGGAGAUACUAACUAAAAGGGUCUACGAGCUCUACGCGGAUUAUGCUCUCAAGAACCCCUUUUAUUCCCUGGAGAUGCCCAUCAGGUGCGAAUUAUUCGAGACGAACCUGGUGAGCCUUUUGGAGACUGUGGAGAAGUCUGGGAUAAGCAGUGUCUGAUACUAAUAGGUUUAUAAAGCUCUUUAUAAUAUAUUAUACAUCUGAAUUUAUUUUGUAAAUAAUCUCUGUUCAAUUGUAAAAAAAUAUAGUCGUGGAUAUUUAUCUA